AUGACGGGAACUUGUGACAUAGGAUUAAUCGGGCUGGCGGUGAUGGGACAGAACCUUAGCCUGAAUAUAGCGAGCAAUGGAUUUACCAUAGGAGUGUACAACAGGACGUACGAGAGGACGGAGGAUACGAUAAAGAAGGCAAAGGAAAUCAAUGUACCCAUUAACGGAUAUGAAACACUGGAACAGUUAAUAAACAACUUAAAGAAGCCCAGGAAAAUUAUCCUACUGAUAAAAGCAGGACCAGCCGUGGACGAAACGAUAAAAAAUAUUUUAAAACAUUUUGAAGAAGGAGAUAUUAUUAUUGACGGAGGAAAUGAAUGGUAUUUGAACACAGAAAGGAGAAUUUCAAUUUGUGAGGAACACAAAGUAGAGUAUCUAGCCAUGGGAGUUAGUGGAGGAGAAGCAGGGGCACGAUACGGAUGUUCAUUCAUGCCAGGGGGAUCUAAAUAUGCCUAUGACAGCAUUAAGGACAUUUUAGAAAAAUGCUCAGCUAAGAUGGUACAUAACGGGAUCGAAUAUGGAGACAUGCAGUUAAUAUCAGAGAGCUACAUACUAAUGAAGCAUAUUCUCAAUUAUAGCAAUGAGAAGUUAUCCGAAGUUUUUAAAAAAUGGAAUGAAGGAAUUUUAAAUUCUUACCUGAUCGAAAUAACGUACAAAAUUUUGGGCAAGAAAGACGAUUUAACGGAUAACCACCUGGUAGAUAUGAUAUUAGACAUUGCUGGGGCUAAAGGAACUGGAAAGUGGACCAUGUUAGAAGCUAUCGAGAGGGGAAUUCCAUGCCCAACCAUGUGUGCAGCAUUAGAUGCAAGAAAUAUAAGUGCAUACAAACAGCUGAGAAUCAAAGCAGAUAAUCAUUUCUGUAACGAAAUGAAAGUGUGCAAAGUAGAGGGUGAAGAUUUGACCCAUUUUGAGGACGAUCUGUUAAAUGCUCUUUACUGCUGCAAAAUCAUAUCUUACACACAAGGAUUAUUUUUACUAAAGCAAGUAUCAGGAGAAAUGAAAUGGAAUUUAAACCUUGGAGAAAUUUCAAGGAUUUGGAGAGGAGGUUGUAUUAUUAGAGCUGUUUUCCUAGAUCGAAUUACCAAUGCUUAUAAAAAAAAUGAAAACUUAGACUUGUUAUUCCUGGAUGAAGAUUUUGCUCAAGAAAUGAAAAAUAAACUUCCUUCCUUGAGGAAAGUUGUUCAGGUAGCUACCAAGUCAUCUAUUCCCAUUCCUGCGUUUUCCGCUAGUUUGGCUUACUUCCAAAUGGUGACCUCUAAAAAUUUGCCACUCAAUUUGGUGCAGGCCCAGAGGGACUACUUCGGUUCACAUACCUACAAGAGGGUAGACCGCGAUGGCGACUUCCACACCAUAUGGGAGUGA